CUUAGCCUCCCUGGAAACGAACUUUACUUAUUAAUUGGUAUGGCAGCUCAGCGCUCAUCGCAUCAUUUCCAGGGAACAAGAUCAUCGUCUCAUAUGAGUGUUCUCAAAUAUGUUAGGUGAUUUUCUUUCUACUUUUGCCUUGUAAAUCUGCCCGCGAUUCUUAUAGGCUUACGCUGGCUCGGUGCGUUUGUUCUCUCUGAUCCAGGUCUCUUCGAGUCAACCACUCACGUCCUUAUUUUAUAGUUGAGUAGGGGGUGUCGACGUCGAAUCACACGUUCAACUUGGGCUCUUCCAUAUUUUGUAGCUGUAGCCUGCUCACAUUCUUUCUUUAUCACGAUCUUUCUUCGAGCACUCGUUAUCUCGACACCCUUCCAAUCUACUCUGUUGUACUGGAAAAAUCUCCGAAAUCUCUUUCAGCUUCAAUUGCUUUUUGAUAUUGCUUGCAAUGGCUCCAUAUCUCCUUUCAAGAUCCGACCCCAACGAUGCUCCAGGCGUCCUUCCUAUCAGCAAAACCAUUUAUAUAGUCGGAUUCACCCUCGCUGGCUUACUUGCUGCUACUUCUCUAUUGUGGCUUGCAUUGAGGUUCUUCCGCCGCAAAUUGCAGGCAAAGCGUGCAGAAGAACGGGGUGCAGCUUUCCUCAAUGUACAAGGUGUUGUUCGAGAAAUGAACGAGCCUGUCAGCCAGUUCAGUAGUCAGUCGACGACUGUUGUUUUCCCACAAAAGGCCGUUGUCCCUGCUCAAAUAGCAAGACCUUCAAGACACGACCAUGUUUCUUCCUCUGAAGUUCCUGCACCAUGUGCUGCUCCCUUGCCACGUCCCCGUGCACUCUCUAGUCUCAAUCCCUCACAUCCGCGCCAAAGUCGUAGUUCGUCAGUUUCUUUGGGUAAUUUUCGUUCAUCCACUCGACUUCCUUCUGGCUUGCGUUCCUCACAUUCACGAGAAUCUUCACGAUCAUCGGCUUCCCAUCAAGCCCGAUCCGUUCGGCAAUUCUUCCAACCAGUGCUUCCUGAUGAACUCCCUCUUUCGCGUGUAGGAGAGCAACUCCACAUUCUGCAAUCGUUUGAUGACGGCUGGUGCCUCGUUGCGCAAAACAACUCUCUUCGCUCUCGUUCUUCAUUAUCCAUAUUCAAUCCUUCACGACUCUCCGCCAGGGUGGAGAGUAGCGGAGACAAUGUACAGCUUGGUUUUGUCCCAGCAUGGGUCUUCGUCAAGCCCACGAAGGGACUGAGCGUAGAAAGACCUAUUCGCAGCUUCAGUGCAGGGAUGCUCCAGGCUGGCUUGGACGCUCCUGAAUCGAGAGAGACUGUGAUUUCUUGGUCCAACUUUGCUUGAAUCAAAGUUGAAAGCCCCGAUGGUGCAUACAUCGAAGUCUAUUGUUUUCCCUUGUUCACCCAUAUUUGGCAUCCGCGCCGGCCGUUUGAAACCAUGUCGCAUGAAACCUGCGGUGCAAGUAUGCUUCACUUAUAGUUCAUUCUUCACGAUACAACUGCAUUGUAUACCCUCA